AUGGCGGGAAAGCAAAUUGCCGGCGACGGAGUCCCGCCGAGUCUCGCCGGCAUGUCCAAGAACCAGCUGUACGAUAUCAUGUCUCAGAUGAAGACAUUGAUAGAGCAGAAUAAGCAGCAAGCAAGGCAAGUUCUUAUCCAGAAUCCCGUUUUGACUAGAGCGCUUUUUCAGAUUGGCUCAUCAAGGCUCGAGCUCGAGCUCGUUUAUCAGCUUGUUUAUCUCUGCUCGGCUCGACAAAGGAUCGAGCCCGAGCUCGAGUAUCAGAAGCUCGAGCUCGACUCAACUACACCCCUAGUUGCAAGCCACCUAAGCCUGUGUAGAGAAUGUGGUUAUUGCAAUAGCAGAUUCUUUGAGGAGUCUCCGGCAAUUCCAUCAACAGCAUCACAAAUUCCAAACCCACAGCCACCACCAAUAUCUAAUCAGAAGCCCAACAUCCAGCCCACAUCAUCCUUCCCGGGCCAAACAAGCCCGAACCAGGUAAGGAACCAGCAACCAAACCAAAUUCCAAGCCAAAACCCAAACCAAACUAUGUUACCCAGAAACCCUCAUCCCCAACCUGCCCCGCCAAACCCUCAGUCCCAGCCCACCCUCUCACGUCCGUUACAACCACAACAGCAACCUAAGGCCCAUCUCGUGGCCCAAUCCACACAAAUGUCUAUGCCACCAGGCCCACCACAAUCCUCUCAAUCUCUUAAUAUAACUCAGUUGCCCUCUCAACUUACUAAUCCGACUCAAUUGCCACAACAUAGUGUUUUUCAGCCAUCUGUGCCUUCUCUGCCGCCACAGUCACAGCAGCCUAUGCAAAGUAGCGGCAAUCCGUAUUUGCCUUUACAACAGCCAUUACAGCCACCUCUGCCGCCACAGAUGAGAGGCCCAAUGCCGGGCUUUCCUCAUCAGGUUCAUGGUCAAAUGGGCCCGAAUAUGGGUUUUCAGCAUCCGGGUGGCCCACCUAUGCAUAACCCGCAGCAGCAUAUGUUUCAUGCAGCUGCAAAACCUCAUGGUGGUAUGGGGCCUGCAUUUCCACAGGGCCAACUGCCACAUCCUCCUAAUCAGCCUUUGCCCCCAUCACUAUAUCAGUUGUUCUGGUCAGAUAUGACUUGUCGAUCUUCAAUCUGGCCUUCUGCACGUUCUUAUUAUGCUUUCAUGAGGCCGGGUACUCUGUUGGGAUCAGUUGGUGUGGAUCAUGAUUGA